AUGUGGACAAUAAAUGAUUUUCCUGGAUACGGUUACAUGUCUGGUUGGUGUACACAAGGGAGAUUGGCAUGUCCAUGUUGUGCUUCAGAGACUCCUAGUCAUAGAUUGAAAAAUGGAAAAAGACAAUGUUAUAUGAGGAACUGUCGAUUCUUAGCACCUGAUCAUAAAUGGCGUAAACAACGGAAAGCUUUUGAUAAUACAAAGGAGAUGAAAUAUGCGCCAAAAAGACAAUCUGGCCAGGAAAUUGUGGAUCAACUUCAGAAUUUGGGGGCAGUUGAACCUGGAGAUAAUCAGGAAAAUCAAGUUAUCCCCGGAUUUGGAAAGACUCACAAUUGGAAAAAAAUAAGCAUACCUUUUCGGUUGCCAUACUGGAAAACACUUAUGUUACGUCAUAAUCUGGAUGUGAUGCAUAUCGAGAAAAAUAUUUUCGACAAUGUGGUCGGCACAAUGAUGAACAUUGAUAGAAAAACAAAAGAUUCUUUAAAUGCUCGUCAUGAUCUCCAAGCUAUGGGUAUAAGGAAAGAUUAUUGGCCUAGAGAGGAGGACGGCAAGCUAGUUUAUGAUCGAGCACCUUUCAAGUUGUCAGCUGAUGAUAUCAAAGUUGUCUGUGAAUGGUUAUUGAAGCUGAAAGUUCCUGAUGGAUAUUGUGCUAAUAUCUCCCAUUGGGUGAAUGAUAAACGACGUGGUUUAACUGGUAUGAAGACUCAUGAUUGUCACGUUUUCUUAAAGAGACUACUUUCGCUUGUGGUGAGAGAGUUACUGGCUAAAGAACCAUGUGAAGCUUUGAUUGAGCUUUCUUACUUUUUCAAGGAAUUGUGUGCUAAAAAUCUGAAUGUCUCUGAUUUGGAACUUCUUGAUAAUCAAAUUGCAACAACUCUAUGCAAGUUGGAAAUGAUAUUUCCUCCUGCAUUUUUUACCAUCAUGGUACAUUUGUCAAUUCAUUUGGCGCGGGAAGCAAAAGUAGCUGGUCUUGUACAGUAUAGAUGGAUGUAUCUUAUUGAAAGGUACUUGCAUAAGUUAAAUACUUAUGUUCGUAAUAAGGCCCAUUUAGAAGGUUCUAUGGCAGAAGGUUAUUUGGCAGAAGAGGAGCAUAAGGAUAUUCUUCGUAUACAAUAUGGUGAUGAUCAGGUGGAUCAGUUGCACAAGAAAAUUUUUGUGAAAUGGUUUUCUGAAAGGAUCGAGCAAUUAUAUGCAGAAGGAAAAGAGAGUGCUCAAAUGUUUUCUUUGGCCCAAGGUUCUGGAAAGCAAGCAGUCUACUAUAAAGGUUACAAUAUCCAUGGGUUCAGGUUCCAUACAGAACAACAUGAUGAGAAUAAGAAAACACAAAACAGUGGAGUUAUGGUCAAAGGAGAGAAAGAGAUUAAUUGUGUGCCUUGGUAUGGAACCAUUACAGACAUCGUUGAGCUUUGGUAUAUAGAUCAGAAUAAAGUUAUAUUGUUUCACUGUAAUUGGUUUGACACGGCUACCAAAGGCAAAGGUUAUAAAGAAGACCGUUAUGGCAUAUUGAGUGUCAACAAUAAGGGUAAGUUGAAUACCCAAGAGCCAUUUGUGCUAGCAUCCCAAGCAACCCAAGUUUAUUAUGUUGAAGGAAUAAAAAAUAGUACUUGGAGCGUCGUGGUGGAAACCAAACCUAGAAAUGUUUUUGAAAUGCCUACUGAUGAAGAGGAACCGUAUCAACAAGAAGAAUCUCAAACAAGUCACACGUAUGCAAAUCGUAAUGUGGAAGAAGACGAUGAAGAAUGA